AAGGUUGCUGCUCCAUAUUCUUUCUUUUGCCGAAUUCUUUUUCAGUUUCUCGCAGAGGCAAUGGCAGCUCUGGUACCCGCCUCCGGGAAGCCGAUACUAUCAUUUGGAGACAUGUUACGAGAUCUAUCAGAUCGGCGGCCUGCGCCACCGCCAGACGCUGAGGAGCCUGAUUCUCCAACUACGAUUAAGCGGAAAAAAAUCGCACAGUUACGACGGUUGUUCUAUUUGAGUGAUCCCCUGUUGUCAACCAAGGCGGGGUCUCCAUCUAGGGGAUUAGGCACGGGCUCGACUCAGUUCGAAAAUCUUAAUCUGGUGGAUGCCUUUGAGAAAGCUUACGCUGAUCUGAUUAAGGCACUGUCUGAAGGAGGAAAUGAGUGGAUUGGCUUCUCCGAACAGUUGAGCAAUGUGCUUCAAACAGCGAACCAGUUGAUUUCAACCGCCCAAAAGGAAACUAGGCCAUUGGUGGAUCGUAUUCGAUCGCUACAAGCACUUGUGGAGAGGGGGCAAUCGGCACUUGCCAUUGCAGAGACGCGCAUGUCUCAAACCUCACAUUCAUGAUGUAGAAUCAACAGCAGACCAGAUGCAGUUAUUUGUGCUCCCAUCGAAAUCUACUUUGUUUCUGGAAGAGGUUGUCAAGUUGUAAUGUACCUAGUACACUGUGCAGUUAACUCAGGAAAGGUACAAUAUGCCUGGCCCAGGUUUAAUGCAAAGCACCAAAUUUGAGUGUGUCAAGGAAGGCACCUUCGGGCCCUUUUUAGCAGUGUUUUAACAUUCUGAAAGGCUAAACCUUAACGCUAAAGCUAUGUAAAUACUUCCAUUGAAGGGGUCAUGGUUCCAUUACUGAGGCUAUAUUUACACCAGUAUUCCUUCUGGGUUAACCAAGGAAUGUUUCUGCUGCCAAAAGCCCCCUUGUAUAACUUCGAAUCUUUCGGUUCAUGA